GGGAGGAGGGGCCUGGGGAGGGUUCCGGUUGUGUCCGACCCCAGCUGAGGGACGUGCGGACGGUGUCCCCCGCCUCGCCGGUCCUCAGGACCCCUGUAACUUAGCCCAAGUGCGCAGAGACCGGGGAGAGGGGGGGCCGAGAGCGCGCGGGUCUCGGGCCGGGACAGUCUCGCGUCACCGGCGCCCGGCAGCCAACCAGAAUCUUCCAGCAACUUUUUUCCUCGGUUGGUCACCCCGGAAACUUGGCCUCCUGGGGUCCGGGAGUCCGGCCACUGGGCCCUGCGCGUCCUGGGCCUGGGCGUUGAGUACCAGACAGGCGGACGGGGGUGAUGGCCUUAGCAGGGAAGCCCCCGGGCCCGCGACCUCACUUCCAACCCUAGGUUUCCAUCUGAGAGCCCCGCCCCUUCCUUCUGUGUCCUAAGUUGGCGUGGGGGUGGGUUUGGAGGUGGAGUUCGACCAGGUCCCAAAUUCUUGUAUCACUAGUUAUCAGGUGGGUGACCUUGAGCUAGUUCUUAGUGCAUGUGCCUCAGUUCCUCUUUACAUAAUGGGAAUGAUAAUCUCGAGCUGAGAGCGCUUUUGAGAGGACAGCCUGAGCUGACAUAUGACGAUGGCUUUGUAUAGCGCCACCAGUUCAGUACUGCCUCUCCCUACUGGGCGGGGCUGGCAGGAGAGAUGGAAAGAGAGCCACAUUCCUGAUCCCUAACCCUGUGGUGGUCCAUUAGGAGCUGUGACAGGUGCCUUCCGGGAAUCCGAGAUAUGAGUGGCCCCUGUGUGCAGAGGCCCAUCCAAGAAGCCAGCCCCACCAUGAGUAUGUGGGGUCUUGAGGACAGCCGCAGCUGUCGGGGUACCCCCAGGCCAGCCCAGGAUUUUGCCACUGAAGAGGCAUCAGCUUCAGAGCUGCAGAUGAAGAUGGAUUUCUUCCGGAAGCUGGGGUACUCGUCCUCUGAGAUCCACAGUGUCCUGCAGAAGCUGGGGGCCCAGGCAGACACCAACACAGUGCUGGGGGAACUGGUGAAACACAGCUCAGCUGCGGAGCGGGAGCGCCAGGCCUCACCAGACCCCUGCCCUCAGCUCCCUCUGGUGGCCCGGGGUGGGGGUACCCCCAAGGCUCCCACCCUGGAACCUUCACUCCCAGAGGAGGACAAAGGAGGCAGCGAUCUGAGGCCGGUGGUCAUCGAUGGGAGCAAUGUGGCCAUGAGCCAUGGGAACAAGGAGGUCUUCUCCUGCCGGGGCAUUCUGCUGGCCGUGAACUGGUUCCUGGAGCGGGGUCACACUGACAUCACAGUGUUCGUACCAUCUUGGAGGAAGGAGCAGCCACGGCCUGAAGUGCCCAUCACAGACCAGCACAUCCUGCGGGAACUGGAGAAGAAGAAGAUCCUGGUGUUCACACCAUCUCGGCGCGUGGGUGGCAAGAGAGUAGUGUGCUACGAUGACCGCUUCAUUGUGAAGCUGGCCUUCCAGUCCGACGGUGUUGUGGUCUCCAACGACACAUACCGGGACCUCCAGGCCGAGCGGCAGGAGUGGAAGCGCUUUAUCGAGGAGCGACUGCUCAUGUACUCCUUCGUCAAUGACAAGUAUGCUCCCACCCCUUGGGCCCAUGGCCAUGGAACCACACACAGGCUGGGCUGCAGGUUCAUGCCCCCUGAUGAUCCCUUGGGCCGGCAUGGGCCCAGCCUAGACAACUUCCUGCGUAAGAAGCCACUCCCUUCCGAGCACAGGAAGCAGCCAUGUCCCUAUGGGAAGAAAUGUACCUAUGGGAUCAAGUGCCGAUUCUUCCAUCCAGAGAGGCCAAGCCGCCCCCAGCGCCCUGUGGCUGACGAGCUCCGAGCCAAUGCCCUCCUUUCACCCCCCAGGACCCCAGGCAAGGACAAAAGUGUCCAGCGAUCUUCACCUGCCCCUCAGUCUGCCUCUGUGCCCCCAGAGGGUGAGCAGAGCAGCCUGGAUGGAAAGAAGCUGGGGACUCAGGCAUCUCCACGGCCCCACCAGGAGGGCCUGACACAGACCUUUGGCCCAGUGGGCAGGAGCCUCCCACUUAGUGGGGGCAGUAGUGGCACUUUCGGGCCCACAGACUGGCUCCCACAGACCCUGGACUCACUCCCAUACACCUCCCAGGACUGCCUGGAUUCAGGCAUUGGCUCCCUGGAGAGCCAGAUGUCGGAAUUGUGGGGGAUCCGAGGAGGUGGCUCUGGUGAGUGGGGUCCACCUCGGGGCCCUUACCCUAGCUACAGUGCUUAUGGAUCUGAGCUCCCUGCCGCUCCUGUCUUCCCUGCCUUUGGAGGUGCCAUAGGUACUGGCCACUUUAGUGUCCCUGCUGACUACACACCCCCACCACCUGCCUUUCCACCUAGAGAGUAUUGGUCUGAGCCAUACCCACUGCCCCCACCCACCCCAGUCCUUCAGGAGCCCCAGGUGCCCAGCCCAGGGACUGGAGGGGCCCCCUGGGGCAGGGCAGGUAGCCUAGCCAAGGAGCAGGCCAGCGUGUACACCAAGCUGUGUGGCGUCUUCCCCCCACACCUGGUGGAGGCUGUGAUGGCACGCUUUCCGCAGCUCCUGGACCCCCAGCAGCUGGCUGCCAAGAUCCUCUCCUAUAAAUCCCAGCACCUCAGUGAGUGAGCCAGUGUGUGGCCCGUGGUCCACAACAGGGGAGGGAAGGGAACCCCAAACCAAAGAUACCAUAGGAUUGGUUCUGGCCCCCAUGGCACCUCGAGCUGCUGAUCGUGUGGGUCAGAAACGAUCACCCUGUUGAUACACAUUGUAUCUCUGUCAUUUAAGGAGACGCCGGUCAGGCCGUCAGUCCGUGGCUGAGGCCCAAACCCUCUUUUUUCUCAGAGGGUGGGGAGGGAGGCCUGGGGGGAGCAAGAGGCCCAGGUAGGGGCCCUGUGCUCGGCCCCUACUCCACCCCGCCCCUGGGAUGCCGGUGCUGCCGGCUAGUUGGGCACCAUGUGCCUGCCCUCAAGGCCCUCCUCUAAGCCAAUGUGGCCUCAUCCCUGCUCUUGCGGGGCAUGAGGCUUCAUGUUAGUAAGCAAGAUGCUUUUUAAUAACCCAUCUCCACCCCCUCAGUUCACCCAUCCCAUUGACCCUGCCAGGGGUCCAGGGCCUUUUGUCCCCACCCUCUGUUCCUUGUCCUUCCCCAAAGGUGGGGGGACAUGUAUGCUGCUUACAGGUAGAAAUUUUAAAUAUUUUAAGUGGAAAGUCCUUACUCCCUGUAAGGCAUCAAUAAAGAACAAUAUAAGCCCUUUUAAGAGGUCUUAGUCUUUGUUAUGGUGGGGGAAACGGGAAGGAGGAAGCAGGUGUAUGAAGCUAACCUUGGGUAAUGGGAGACAGGCCAUCCCUGACCUGCCUUCACCUGGGGAAGUGCUCCCUGCCACUCCUGUCCUCUAGAAGGAGGGUCUCUAGGAGUGCCCUGUCCUUUAGGGCUGGGGCUUCUUUCCUGAAGCCUUGGGCUGGCUUUGAUAUGAGGAAGUGGUGAUGGACACACAGGCAGGGGACAGGGGAGCAGGGGUGGCCAUAAGCAAAAAGGUAAAGACCUGGAAUCCUGAAGCUGCAGCAUUCGAGGGUGGGGCAGGAUUGUGCUGUUCCCCCGCUCUGUGCUGACCAGAGCUGAGGAUCAGAAACAACCUGGCAGAGAUGGUGGCUUCUAGGGGAGAUUGGAGUGGUAUGGGGGAGCCCUUGGGUGCCCUACUCUGGUCCCUCCCAGAUAGUGUUGUGUCCUAGAACCAGGGCCACACAGCGGGAGCAGCAGCCUGGGAAGGGAAUGCCAGAGGGCCUUCUAGCAGGCUAGAGGCCCUGGUCACAUCUCAAGAACAGGUUCUGCCACAAAUUGCCACCUGGAGCAAGGGACUGGGCCUCAGUUUCCUCACCUAUGAAACGGGGAUAAUGGUACCUACCUUGUAGGGUUAUCAUGAGGAGUCCAUGAGAUAAUACAUGCUAGGUGUGGACCUGAUGCCCGCCACACAGGGAUUGCUCAUUAGACCUCAGGUAUGACUCCUGUGGGCUGUGCUCACAGGGCUGACCUCCCUUUACCUUGUCAGAGUGUUUAUCUGACCCUAGAAGCAGAGAGGCAAGCAGGUGCA